CAUAUUAACGUAUAUUUUAACAGAUGUUUUUUACUAUUUAUAUUUAUCCAUGCCAAUUAUAAGUAAUGAUGACCUAAAUUAUCCUAAACCUAAACCCUAUCUGAUUAGUUUCUUAGCUGGUAAUGUUAGUGGUAUUUGCACCCGUAUGGUUUGCCAACCAUUAGAUGUUAUAAAAAUACGUUUACAAUUACAAUUAGAACCACGAAAUAAUGGUAAAUAUAAAAAUAUGGCUCACGCUAUACGCCUUAUAUUUAAGGAAGAAGGAAUUUUUGCCUUUUGGAAAGGCCAUAUGCCUGCUCAAUAUUUAUCAAUGAUUUAUGGAGGUGUACAAUUUGCAACAUAUGAAUGUAUGAAUAAUUUUCUUAAAAAAUUGUACAAAUCAAAUAUGGAACAAUCAAAUACACCAAUUAUAUCAUUUCUCAGUGGUAGUAUAUCAGGAAUUAUUUCUACAUCUGCCACUUUUCCCUUCGAUUUAUUUAAAACCAGGUUAGUAUCUCAAUAUGAAACUCAAAAGGUAUAUCGUGGGAUUCUUCAUGGUGCAAACAUCAUAUAUCACAAGGAAGGUAUAAAGGGUUUUUACAAAGGUCUAACACCAUCAAUAAUACAAAUAGCCCCUUAUUCAGGCUUAUAUUUUAUGUUUUAUUCAACUCUUAAAAAUGAAUCAAGAAUCACUCACAAAUAUAAAAUUUUUGAAAAUCAUCAUACAAUUAUCAAUUUUAUAUAUGGAGCAUUUUCAGGGACUUUAGCAAAAAUUAUUGUGUACCCUUUAGAUACAAUUAAAAAACGUCUUCAAAUUCAAGGAUUCGAAGAAUCUAGGCACAAAUUUGGCAAGUUUGAAAAGUAUAGAAAUUUUAUCCAUUGCAUAUCUACUAUAAAGAAAAAUGAAGGCUUUAUGGGCUAUUAUAAAGGUUUGUCCCCAACACUAUUAAAAGCUGGUCUCAAUACAGGAUUAAUGUUUUAUUUUUAUGACUUAUUCUGUGAUAUCUUUCAACAUUCAUUCAAUUGAUACUUUUUUGUGCAAUAUAUUUGAUAAUUACUCCUG